UGCCUUUAUUCCUCCCCCCAGGGAUCGUGCCACUUAAGGAGGACCCUGCAUCACUCUGUGUCCGGCAUGUAUUUCACCUGCCCGCUGACCGGAGCCACCUUAACAAAGGGCGAGCGGGAGGCUCACAUUAAAGAAGCCAUCCUCAUGAAAUUUGCUGAAGACCCGGUGGAAGCCUCUGUCAUGAUGGUGCACAUGUUUAACAAGGACAGGGAGAAGGUGAAGGCAGCUGCUGAGGUCAUCGCAAAGUACAUUGAUAACAUCUGCGAAAACCCCACUGAAGAGAAAUACAGGAAAAUCCGAUUGCAGAAUAAAAUCUUCCAGGAGAGGGUGAGCUGUCUCGAGGGCACCCAGGAAUUCCUCCAGUCCAUCGGCUUUGAGAAUCAGCGACUGCCUGUGCCUGGACAAGGUAACCCAACAGUGUGUUGAGAGUCUCUUGGUAUUUUUAAAUGCAUCUCUG